AUGCUCCCUUACCUGCCAUUUCCCAAUUUUCAGGCAUUUAUAUUUGUGGAAACUCAGUUAUCUAUUUCACUUCUCAACAAAGCUCAAGUUCCAGCAGUUUUACCUCCUCGGGUAGAAGUACCCCAUGUGCCUUCAACUCUUCUUCAUUUUCAAAAACCUUGUCAGACUGUCAAACCAAGCCUGUCUGUGGACUUCAUGAAUCGAGGAGUGAGGGCGGCAUAUCUAUUUACCAAUGGAUUUGGAAGUUACAAUGUUCUUAAGAAUAACUGUGAGGAUUUUGCGCUGCACUGUAAAACUGGCCUUCUUAUCAAUCAGACGGAGGCCACUGGAAGCAGUGGACAGGUGGAUAGUAUUAUCAGUGCUUCUGCAGCAGCUACUAUUUCUCGGUUGCUCACGUGGAUCAUGUCAAAAAGAGGUUUGCUCAUGUCGAACACAAACCCUAUUGUGACUUCGGUAGGAGCCGCAUUAUACAUCCUUAACCGAUAUGCCUCAGAUAUUGGUGUCAGAGACGAUGCUGUCAAAGUGGAAAUAGAGGGUGUGGAUUCACUCUGUCCCUCAGAUAUGAAGCCAUCCCAGAGACUGUUGUUAGAGAAAAUAAGAAAAACUGUCAGGAGGGCGCCCGCGGUCAUUCUUUGUUAG